UAAACUAUUAGUUGAAAAUUAAAAAAAUGCAAAAAUAAUUUUUCUUCUUAUAUCAAGCAAAAUAGAAACAUGGCAUUACAGCAUUCCUCUUUUCUGGUAACAUUUUGCGUUCUUCUCAAUAUUUGUUCUUCCAUAUGUAUUGUUAUGAUUAACAAAUGGAUUUACACUUAUUAUCACUUCCCAAAUAUUACAUUAACUUGCAUACAUUUUAUCAUCACAUCUUUGGGAUUAAAAGUGUGCUCAAUAUUCAAUCUGUUUAACCCACGAUAUGUUCCGAUAAAGAGCAUGCUUCCACUUUCAGUUGCGUUUUGUGGCUUUGUUGUUUUCACUAAUUUAAGUUUAGAAUACAACACUGUUGGUACUUAUCAGCUGAUUAAAGUCUUAACAACUCCAUGCAUAAUGAUUAUUCACGUCAUGUUUUAUAAAAAAACGUACACUCUAAAGAUCUUGUUGACCCUGGUACCUAUAACAUUUGGUGUUUUUCUCAAUUCAUAUUACGAUGUCAAAUUUAAUUUAUUUGGUGCAUUAAUUGCUGGUUUUGGUGUGAUUAUUACAUCACUUUAUCAAGUGUGGGUUGGUACUACUCAACAAGAUUUAGGUAUUGACUCAAUGCAACUUUUAAGUUACCAGGCUCCUUUAUCAGCUGGUUUGCUAUUGUUCGUCAUUCCAUUUUUCGAACCUUUGAGUGGUGAAGGAAGUUUAUUUCAUAUGUGGUCUAUGCAAACUUGGCUUCUUGUUGGAUUAAGCGGAUGUAUUGCUUUUUCUAUAAAUCUUACGAUAUUUUGGAUCAUAGGAAAUUUAUCUCCAGUGACCUAUAAUAUGGUUGGUCAUUUAAAAUUCUGUGCAACGCUUUUAUUCGGGUACAUUUUAUUCCACGAUAACAUUAUGAUUAGCCAAGUGUUUGGGAUAGCAAGCACAUUAAUAGGCGUACUCAUGUAUACUCACUUCAAAUUACAAGAUCAGCCUAAAAAAGUCAGUUUAUCAAGACAAGUUUAAAAUUACCAAAACAAAUAUGUAAAUAUUAAAUAUCAAUAUAAAUUAUUAUAAUUGA